AACUUAAUCUGCCUGCCCUGUUUGUUUGAUGCCGCCUCACUCCAGUGCAAGUCAAUAAAACUUUGUGCACCGACACACACAACUUCCAGCACCCGCCAGCUGGGCCAAAAUGGGAAUUAGCAAAGCUGCCUUGCUCUUUCUUUUUGUGCUCAGCUCAGUGAAAGGAGAUAUACUGGAUGACUAUUUAAGAACGGAUGGUGUUUGGAUCCUUACUAGAAAUAAGCAGUUUUACGAGACAAAUAAUGAAAUAGAAUGCGCAGAGAAAUGUGAAGCUGAAAGAAAUUUUAGUUGCAGGGCCUUCCUAUUCACCAGGAAAAAGCUACAGUGUUUAACAUUGGCUGAAAAUACCAAAACAUCACUGACAUUCAGCAGCACAGAUUCAGUUCUCUAUGAGAAGAGAAUUUACCUUCUACAGUGUAAAAGAGGGAUUGGGAAGGACUACAGAGGAACAGAAGCUAAAACUUGGAGAGGUAUUCCAUGCCAGAAGUGGGCAGAAAAAACACCCCACAAUCCAAACAUUACACCUGAAAAAUACCCCAGUGCAGGGCUGGAGGAGAACUACUGUAGAAAUCCUGAUGACGAUGUAAAUGGACCCUGGUGUUAUACAGCAGAUCCUGCAAUCAGAUUUGAUUACUGCAACAUCCCGGAGUGUGAGGGACAGGUUAUGCACACUGCAGAAGCUGCAGAAGGUCCCACAGUGGAGUGCAUGAUGUGUAAUGGUGAAGACUACCACGGAAAUGUUUCCAGAACAGAGUCCGGGCUUGAGUGCCAGCGCUGGGAUGCCCAAGAACCUCAUAUGCAUGGAUAUACACUGAAACACUUUCCAGGGAAGGAUCUGAAGAUGAAUUAUUGCCGUAAUCCUGAUGGUGAACUUCGGCCUUGGUGUUUCACCAUCAGCCCCACUAAGCGCUGGGAAUAUUGCAACAUUCCUCGUUGCACUAUGCGCCCACCAGUGUCUGGCCUGAGUUCCCAGUGUAUUUCAGGGCAUGGAGAAGACUAUCGAGGCAGGAUAGCGAUCACGGAAUCGGGAAACAUUUGCCAGCGCUGGAAUGUGCAGAUUCCUCACAAACAUGGCUGGAUUCCUGACAGAUAUCCCUGCAAGGGCUUGGAGGAAAACUACUGCAGAAACCCUGAUGGAGAGAAGAGGCCUUGGUGCUACACUAGCAACAGCAGUGUUCGGUGGGAAUACUGUUCAAUUCCCCCUUGUGAUGGGACAGAACAAGGGAGUGCUGAUGUGCCUGCACAGAUUCCCCAGGUGGAGGAGUGCUAUCAAGGCAAAGGCCUGAGUUAUCGUGGCACAACUUCCAUCACUGAAUCAGGAAGGAAAUGCCAAGCCUGGAAUUCCAAGUCCCCACACAAUCUUGAAAAGAUCCUGGAAAAAUUCCCAAACGCGGAUUUGAGGGAGAACUAUUGUAGGAACCCAGACGGUGAUGACCGCCCGUGGUGUUUCACCACAGACCCCAACAAGAUAUGGGAGUACUGCAAUCUCAGGAGAUGUGAUGAUCAUACAGAAGAAGCCACACCAAAUGACCAGACGGCACAAAGUGUUGUCCUGACUACACCCACCAUGUCUGACUGCAUUAAUGGCAAUGGUAAAGACUAUCGUGGCACAGUAGCAAAAACUGGAAAUGGCAGGACUUGUCAAGAGUGGAGUUCUCAGAGCCCUCAUAGCCACAAAUACUUUACUCCUCUGACUCAUCCAAGAGCAGGCCUGGAUAAAAAUUAUUGCAGGAAUCCGGAUGGAGAUGUAAAUGGUGUUUGGUGCUUCACAACAGACCCAGACAAAAAAUGGGAGUACUGUGAAAUCCCGCGAUGCUCUUCUUCUGAUCAUGACUGUGGAAAAUUCCCAAUGAGGAGUGGGCGAACCUGUGAGCAGUAUGGCAUGUGUGAUGCAUCUCCAGGGUCUUGGCCUUGGCAUGUCAGUCUCAGGGCAAGUACCAACACACACCAUUGUUCUGGCACUCUGAUACAUCCACAGUGGGUCCUUACUGCAGCUCAGUGCUUGCAAGAGUCAACAGAUCCCUCUUCCUAUAUGGUCUUUCUUGGGAUACAGAAUCUAAACGCAGCAGAGCCAUCCCUUCAAAUCCGAAGUGUUCAGAAAUUAUUAAAGGAACCAAGCGGAGCUGACAUUGCCCUGCUAAAGCUGCACAGUCCUGUAAGAAUUAGUGACCAUGUAAAACCAGUUUGUUUGCCUGAAACAAGUCUGAUGGUGGAAAGAAACUCAGUAUGUUUUCUAACUGCCUUUGGAAAAACAAGAGGUACUAAUGCAGGCAAGACAUUAAAAGACAUUGAAUUCCCUGUGCUUGAAAACAGAAUAUGCCAUCGCCCUGACUUUUUACAUGGGAGUAUCAAUAAUCAUGAAUUUUGCGGUGGAUUUACUUUUGGAAGUGUACGUUACUGCGAGGCUGAAGUUGGAGGACCUCUGGUCUGCCAAAAUAAAGACAGAUUUGUCCAAUAUGGAGUCACCUCUUGGGGACUAGACUGUAGCCAGCCAUCAAAGCCUACUGGUUUUGUCCAAAUUCCUAGCUUUCUUUCUUGGAUCAAGAAUGUAAUGGCUGCCCACUGAAUCUGGAUGCAGGCUAGCUUUUCUGUGUCAGAAAAGACAUUCCUAGUACAGUUUAAAAAUCAAAAUAAUCCAUAAGAAUCUUUAAUAAAUAUUGUUACUGGCUGAGAAUAAGUAGUUAUCACAAAGCAAUAGCUAUGUUGACCAAUUAUUACUGUCUGUCAGCAUGUCAGUGUUGUGCACGGGUAAGUCAGCCAUGUUGCAUGUGGCAGUGGCUGUCAGGUUCCUGCUUCAAACCUCUCCUCUGAGAAAUGCUCCAGCUCAUGAAAAUGACUUCCUUUCUUUCAGACACCCACCUUUCUGCUUUGUACAUGCAAGCAACUGGCCUAUUUCUAGGCACUAGGUCUUCCUAAAAACCUGUGCAAUAAACCUUCUCCCAAACAAGCAUGUUCCUGUACCCACCACUGUCACAGGUCCCCCUUUCUGCUUCUUCUCCAGGAUUGGGAAGGUAUCAACCAAACUCAGCCACCACCUUAGGUAAGGACAGGACAGGCUACACUGUGACCAUGCUGCCAGGAGCUGGUGGCUUUGCUUCUCCCUGGGGCUAAUUCCCCCCAUUCUCACCACCCUAGACAAGCUUUGAAUUGUGCUGUGCAAUCACCUAAAUUUCCUGGGUUUACAUUCGUAUGGAAAAAAUUGUUAUCUAUUCCAGUGGGCAAAGUGGUGAGCUGGAUGGCAUCUAACAUGUUUGUGUGGCACUUGCACAAAAAACCUGUUUUCACUUGCAACACCAACAGUUCAUCCCUGACAUUGGCUUUAGGAAUUAAAAUUAACUGUUCUUUCUCAGUUUAUUUCCAGAAGAGGCAAGGAUGUCUCAGAGGGCAGGGAAGCUGGGCAAGGGAAGCUGUGCACCAGGGCACUGCUGCUUGACGCAUUAGGCUUGGCAACCCAUGCCCUGUGUGCUCUGCAGCAGGGAGGUGAAGAAAGCAAGGGAACCACCAGGUUAGUCAAGCCUCCCAGAGCCAAGAGACGUGGCCUGGUUGCCACUCAGAGCUAUGGAAAAAGACUGCUAUCAAAGCUGUCAAGAAAGGCUGGGUUAGAAAAUGUCUCUUCAAGCAGCGACCAAAGGAAAUCGCUGAGACGUGCAGGAGCAACAGAAACCCACCUGUCCCAUUGACUCCAAGUCAGUUACUGAAGCUAGUUCCAUCAUUCGCAUAUGUUGUUCCAAUUUUCUGUGUAUCAGUUUAAAAAACACCACUUUUGAAUUGUCCUAAUAGCAGAAGUGUACACCUGUUGGUGGAUCUGUAAUCUGAACACGUAUUUCUAUAUGUUUUAGCUUCCCAUUUUGUGUCUGAUUUGAAGUAUACUACAAGUCUAUAUUCAGUACUUAGGUACUUUAUUAUUGCUCUAAAGAACUCUUUGGAGAUGAGGCUUUAUAAACUCAUUUUGGGAUUAAAAAAAAAAAAAGUUUAAAAAA